AACUAAGUUUGUUUUGACAUUUAGUUUGUUAUAUUUGCACGUGUCCACAGAAAAUCUAUUAAGUUAAUAAUAUCGCAACAGUUUUAAUAAAAAAUGGAUGAUAAAAUACUUUUAGACAAUAGGAAUUACGAUGAAUAUGAGCCGACGGAUUCAGAAGAAGAUUAUAGCGAAGAAGAGAAGGAAAUAUUGAAAAAUGUACGCCGCGGCAAGAAUCGUGACAAUUCCAAAGCUGAAGUCUUAGCUUUCGACAGUAGUGAUGAUGAGCAAAGUGAUAAUGCCGAAUUCAUGGAAGACAGCGACAUUGAAGGUGCAGAAAAUGAUGCAGAUAUACCAGAUUCUAAAGAUUGGGGGAAAAAAGCACGUAACUACUACAACACAGACUUCGUUGACCAAGACUAUAGCACAUACAAUGAACAAGAAGAAGAGUUGGCAAAACAAGAGGAAGAGGAAGCUAAAAUUAUUCAAAUGCGAUUAGCAAAACAAAUGAACGAAGAUGACUUUUUAUUAGAAGAUGCCUUUCCUACCGUUGAAACAAAAACAGUUACAAGUACAACUAAAAGUACAAAAAUAAAAACGGAUUUCUCCACUUUACCUAAAAGCGAACAAUUAAAACUAUUUCAAAAAGAUUCCCCUGAGUUUGCAGGACUCGUAGCCGAUUUUUCAGACUACAUUAAUGAAAUCAAAGAAUUGUUAGACCCAGUUAUGUCGUAUGUAAAACAAAACGAUGUACCUAUGAUACCAGCGUUUGAUUUUGCGAUUUUAUAUAAAAAUAUGAUGCUUACUUAUUGCUAUAACAUCUCAUUUUACUUGUCCCUUAAAGCAAAGCGUGUGUCUGUUAGAAACCAUCCUGUCAUUAAACGCCUAGUCAAAUUGAAAAAAUUGAUAACAGAGCUUAAAGACAAAUACGAGAACAUAAUAAGGCCGCAGCUUGAAGCGUUACUUGAGCGCAUAAAUGAUGGUGAUAAGUUCCAAGUUCUAGAAAUAAAAACAAGAACUGGUGUGGAAAAACCGAAGAAAAAGACAAAACUAUCAAUACUGGAUCAAUACGAAGAAGCCACGGAUGAAGAUGAAGACAGUAAGGAUAUUGAUGACGAGGAUGCAAUGAGUGAAGAAGAGGAUGGUGAAGAAGAUGCAGCUAUUGAUGAUAUGAAUGUGCGACGUGGUAUUACCUAUCAAAUGGCUAAAAAUAAGGGUCUCACCCCGCAUCGUAAAAAGGAAUUGCGGAAUCCACGCGUUAAGCAUCGUAGCAAAUUUCGUAAAGCACUUAUUCGUCGCAAAGGUGCAGUACGUACUGUGCGCAAAGAAACUAAACGUUAUGGCGGAGAAAUAUCUGGCAUUAAAACUGGUGUUAUUAAAAGUGUUAAAUUUAAAUCUUGAAAGUACUUUUAUUGUUUUUAAUACAUUUGUUUUUAUUCCAACGUUUUACUAUAUUUUUAUGGUAUUAUAUUGUUACAAUGUAUAGUAGUGUAAUAAAUACCUGAUUUGAAUGUGGUGAAAAUAAAAUAGUUUAAAAAAUUAA